AACGUCGUUAAACGAAACUACUAAAUAAUUAACGAAUGAUCAGACGUCUCAUAGUGACAUGUUCCAGCAGCCGACCGUUAUUCUUAUAGUAAAUCUAACGUAAAUACACGUGUCUUAUGGAAAUACUAUUUUUCAGUUUAGAGGCAUAUCAUCAAGGAAAACAACAGAUUGCGGAUUUCAUAAUCACCAAAUAUGACUUUAAGUUAGAGGAUCGUACCAACGUUCUUCUCGGGAUUUAUUCUGCUGAUCUGGAAAUAUAAGUGAUGGAGAAUGCGGAUACAAAUGCCAUUUCUCGUAAAAUGUUACUGUUGUUUGGAAGGAAAGCCAGGAGAAAAAUUGCUGUGAUACUAGGUGGCUGUUUUAUAUAUUUAUUCAUUUUACUAAACUGGCAACUUAUAAACCAACAUGUUUGUCUAGAUAGAGGAAAUAAAAUGUUUGUUUCAAAAUACUUUCUUAGUACACCGCUGAGAACUUCUUUUGUAAACGACAGCAGAAAAUACGAAUAUAAGAAAGGCGUGGAUUUAAACAAUGGCACAGAGAUCAUUUCGAAAAGCCAUUUGACCAGCAUAGCUUCAAGGAACAUAACGCUUAAACAAUCAUUGGGCAAAGCCGACACGUUUUCACCUACAACGUUUCAUGUCAAGUCGCAUUUUCAUAACAUUGCUCCAAACCACACAUAUACAGAAAACGACUUGACUAAAAUUACACUCAAGCCUAACUUUUCAAAAAUGAUCAAUGCGUCACAAAUUGUUUCAACAAUUUAUACUCCAUAUUUAUUAGAGAACCGAAACCUCUGUUCAUCCGUUGAAAACUUGUCUGUUUUGAUAAUAGUUCACACAGCCACUGACCAUAUUGAAAGGCGGAAGUUGAUUAGAGCAACUUGGGCCAACAACACGUUUUAUCUUACUCUCGGAAUUAUACGGAUCCUGUUUCUCUUAGGAAAACCGGGGAAUGAGACAAUUCAGAAACAAAUUGAAGGGGAAAGUAUGCAGUAUGAAGAUAUUUUACAAGGAGACUUUAUCGACAGCUACCACAACCUCACAUUAAAAGGAGUGAUGACAUACAAAUGGCUGGCAGAAAGAUGUAAAAAUGCAAAGUUCAUACUGAAAGUAGAUGACGACAUACUUGUGAACGUCUAUAAAUUAUUCACCGAUAUUUUACCAGUCUAUACCUCAAAACAUCGGCAGAUUAUUUGCAAUCAUAUAAUUACAAAUACGAUGCCAAUUAUUCGAAAGAAUAAUAGCAAAUGGUUUGUUCAUCAGAACCAUUUUAGAGGCCAUGGUCGUUAUCCAACAGAUUACUGUUCCGGAUUUUUGGUCAUAUUUACAAAUGAUUUGAUGCCUGCAUUUUACAGUUCCGCUCAAGUGACACCAUUUUUCUGGGUGGAUGACGUCUAUCUGUAUGGUCUUGUACCGGGCAAUGUCCCAGGUGUCAAAUAUAAUGGUUUGAAAGGUAACUGGCAUCAGUUAUCCGGACAAGAAGCAUUAAAAUGUUUCCGAAACGUUACACGCACGUGUGAUUAUCUAGCUAUUGGUGCAGGCGGGCAUGGAGAAAUAGAUGAUAUAUGGCCACAUGUUGUUAAGAGAUACCAUUUACCGAUGUCGGAUGGAAAAAUUAACGCUUCUAAACUGACAACUGAGGGUACAAAAUAAAGGAAUAUAUGCCACUGUUGUAAAAGGCCCUGUAUUGUUCGUACGAAUGGAAGCAACAUAUUUGAUUUAUAUAUCGUAUCAUUUUGUUUAUUUCAAACACUGGCCUGGACUGAGCUAUCUAGGUCAGUGGCAUGCAUGCAUUACAUUUAAAUUACGCCUUCUGUACAUGUUUUAGCUAUAAUGAUAAAAAAUGUAUGUUCCAUGUGGCAUCUAUAUGAUGUGUGUUUCAUGUGGCGUCUAUAUGAAAUAAGUGUAUUCCAUCUGGCGUCUA